UGCAGGGAAGAAUGUCCUAUAACGCUGAAGGAAAUGAAUGAAGUGCUCCUCUCAUCUGUCUGGAGCUUUGGCUCCUCCUCCUGCCUCCUCUGUUUGCCUCUAUUUCAGCCUUCUGGCCUCCAAAGAAAACAGACACACGAGUAAAGGAGCUACACCUCUCCUCCUCCUUCUCCUUAACCUCCUCCUUCCCUGUCCUAGCUUCCUCUCCCUCUCUUCACUCCAUUCAGGGAACUCGGCCUGGUAGAGUCUUCGCUUUCUCUGUGCUUUGUACCUCACUCUCCAUCCAUCAGUAUCUUGGUCUGCUAUUUAGCGUGAGAAGAAAAGUCUUACACGUAUGGAGUCUGCGUUCAUUCUGAAGUUCAAGUCUUUUAGUUUCAGAACUCAGCCAUGAAAUUUCACCGGACUUGAUUUUUUCUUAACUCAACGCCCACCUCGGAUUCUGAAUUCAGACUCGUUCCUUGUCUUUCCGUUUUGGAGCUGGUGUGUGAGCCAGCCGUCAUGGGUUCAGACGUACGCGACCUCAAUACACUCUUGUCUCCAGUGCCAGCCUUGCCAGCGGGGAACGGGAACUGCCCUCUGCCUGUCAGCAAUGCCCCUCAGUGGGCACCUGUGCUGGAUUUCCAUACUGGUGCCCCCUACAGUUCACUGGGCUCACACUCCUUCAUCAAGCAAGAACCCACUUGGGGUUCAACAGACCCCCAUGAGGACCCACACUGUGGCAUCAGUGCUUUCACCGUCCACUUCUCUGGACAGUUCACAGGUAGCGGGGCAUGCAGGUAUGGUGCAUUCGGAGCACCCGCACCGAACCAGACCCCCUCGAGCCAAAGCCGGAUGUUCAGUAACGGCCCGUAUCUGUCUAACUGCAUGGACAGCCAGACGGGAUCUAGGAACCAGGGUUACAGUGCGGUUUCCUUCGACGGAGCCACGAAUUAUGGACACACGCCGUCGCACCACGCCUCGCAGUUCCCCAACCACCCUUUCAAGCACGAAGACGCCAUCCCGCAGCAAAGCAACAUGGGUGAGCAGCAGUAUCCCGUUCCUCCACCUGUUUACGGCUGCCACACGCCGUCCGAGAGCUGUACAGGAAGCCAAGCGCUGCUCCUGAGAAACCCUUACAACAGCAGUGACAAUUUAUACCAAAUGGCAUCCCAGUUUGAGUGCAUGGCCUGGAACCCUGUCAACACGCUGGCGUCCAGCAUCAAGAGUCAUACACCGAGUUAUGAGAACGACCCGACCACGCCUAUGGUGUACAGCUGCAGCACCCAGUACCGAAUACACACCCAUGGAGUCUUCAGGGGCCUUCAGGAUGUCAGAAGGGUCCCAGGCAUCGCUCCUGCCAUCGUGCGCUCCGAGACCAACGAGAAGCGGCCGUUCAUGUGCGCUUACCCGGGAUGCAACAAGCGCUACUUCAAACUCUCCCACUUACAGAUGCACAGUCGCAAACAUACAGGAGAAAAGCCGUACCAGUGUGACUUCACAGACUGUGGCCGGAGAUUUUCCCGGUCAGACCAGCUAAAGAGACAUCAGAGGAGACACACAGGCGUUAAACCUUUCCAGUGUGAGACAUGUCAGAGAAAGUUCUCACGGUCAGACCAUCUUAAGACCCACAGCCGGACUCAUACAGGUGAGAAGCCAUUUAAUUGUAGGUGGCCAAACUGCCAGAAGAAGUUUGCCCGAUCUGACGAGUUAGUCCGGCACCACAACAUGCACCAGAGGAACCUGACCAAACUUCAGCUGGCCAUCUAAAGACCCUGCUGUAACCAAAUCUGCUUCUGCUGUCAGAUAUAUUCCAGUCAUAUGCAGAUCUUGCCUCUGCAUGUUUGGCUCUGAAACAGCUCGUGAAGACCCUGGUAUUUGGUUGAUGUAUUUUAAAAAAAAAACAAUAAUCUGCAGUGUUUACAGCCUGCAAUGUCUCUAUGACUGGAGAUUGUACUUUGCGCUGUUCUACGAUUUACUUCACUUGCCCAAAGUGUUAUGUUUAAAAAAAGAAAAAGAAAAAGAAAACCUUGUUAAUGUGUUAAAAUUCGGAUGAUUCAAGUCUCGAGAACGCUGUUGCUAAGUGACAGGGAAACAUGGCAGGUGAACAUAAUGCCAGCUAAAUGACUCAGGCUGUGAUUUAGCUAGCUGGCACGUAGCCGUUAGGUUGAAAAUGCACAGUGAGAUAAAAACGUCUGAACUAUAAACAUUUUCCUCAGAAAUGUUGGCGGUUUAUUAUAAAAAGGCCGAACUUCCAUGUACUCCAUCACGCUGAGAAAUUUCAACAGGGGUGAACAAAUCAGAAAUGUAACCUUAGCCUAGAGGGCAAAUAUCUUACGUUUGUAAUGCGUAAAAAAAAGACCUGACCGCACUAAAAAUGUUAGAGUCGUCGUUAUAAUAAACUAACAAUAAGCGAACAAAUCUAAGUAGUAAAAGAUAAUAAAAAUGAUUAUAUUGUUUUUGUUCUAAAACAUUGUUAUGGUUAGUAAAUUGCAAAUGUAUAAAAAAAAAAAAAAAAAAAAAAAAUACAAAAAAUAUGUGUAAAUGGUUAUCUUUUUUGUAUUUUUUUUAACGGCCCAGUAAACACUUCAACCAAAAAAGUUAAUUUUAUGUCAAUUAUUUAAUAUGUCAGGCUUCACAGGGUUAAAACCCAAUAUCCUGGACAUGGAAUUAGCUUAGCUUGUGGUUCACCCCUUAUUCAACAUCACAACUUGAGAGCGAUCAUAAAAAGUAAUUUCUAGUAAUAGUCUAGUAACUUAAACUUAACUUAAAACUUUUUUUCUAGUACCACACGAUAGGGUUUUUGACAUGAGCCUUGUUUAAACGCUGAAAUAUGAACGAGAUCAGCUGUAUGUUAAUCGUUUUGAUUUGGGCAGCGGAAGAUAGUCUUAGAAGGGCACUUAGACACACUUAAACUCCACCGACACUUCAGUACCAACACUGAACUCCCCUUUUACCCCCGAGGACGUGACCACGCCCUCUCUAGUGCUGUCGAGAUGUACAAUAAUAUCUGCACGUUAUAUUUACCAUGCUAGCUCCUAGGAAUUUUUAGACUAAUUUAUUAUUUUUUCUUGUAAAUUACGAUCUCUUUUCUCUAAUAAACCAAACGUUCAUUUCUUCCCACGUAUCCAGAAUCCCAUUUCACUAUACCACGAUUCCAGUGUUUGUAUUCAUGGACCAAUCAUAAAGUUAUAACCCCUGAAGCGUUUGUCUGUCUGCUCUGUAAAUAGCGUCUCUCUGUAACCAUCAGGAGUUAAAUUAUGAGUAGGUCACACUGGCUAUGUGACUAUGGUUUGUGGUCAAGUUGUAAAUAUUGCUGUCGCUCCACAGCUGGAACAAGAAAUAAAUACUUCAUUUUUUGCGGAAAA